AUGGCGCACUGGCCAGGCUUUUCCCUCAACCCGGGCGUUUGGGACUUGUACCGGCUCAAGAAUCAGCGACUGCAAUUCGACACGACGUCGGAUGUGUUUGAACGCGCGUUCUCGCUGCAAGUGCGGCGUGCGGGCUUGCACGUGGCAGCGCUGACGACGACAGUGGCGACGCACAUUGGCGCGCCGCCCGGCUCGAACGCGUCAGCGGCGGGUGGUGUCAUUUUUCAACAAGCCACGAUGGCAGCAAGCGCGUCGGACGACAAGAAGGCGCGCAAACGAGCCGCCAGCAAAAAGUACCGCGAAGCCAACAAGGAAAAAUUGCGGAUGCGGGACAAGACGUUCUACGCCUCCCACAAGGCAAGAAUGCUGGCCAAGAAGAAGCAGUACAAGGUUGUGAACGCAAAGAAGGUUGCAGUGAAGGAGAAGCAGUACCGCCAGAAGCACAAGGAAGUCCUCCAGGCCAAGAAAAAGCUGUGGAACGUAGCGAAUCGAGCGUACAGGGCCGCAUACAAACGUGCUCAGUACGACGUCCUUGUGUUCAAUCGGAUUCACGUUCUCACUUUCUAG